CUGGGGUUGGCGUUCUCAGCACACACUGUUUGAACGUAGUUUAUGGUUGAAGGAGCAAAAAGAGGCAGAGGCAUUAUCACUCUAGAAUUGAAUCGAAUCCAUUUUGACUCUAAGAUCUUCAAAUCCAUAACACUAUAACGACAAUGGUGAGAGGAUUGCUCAACAAACUCGUCUCACGCUCCCUCUCCGUCGCCGGCAAAUGGCAGCACCACCAGCUCCGCCGCCUCAACAUCCACGAGUACCAGGGAGCUGAAUUGAUGAGCAAAUACGGAGUCAACGUUCCGAGAGGCGUAGCCGUUUCAUCUGUUGAAGAAGCCAAAAAGGCUAUCAAGGAUGUAUUCCCUGGUGAAAAUGAGUUGGUGGUUAAGAGUCAAAUUUUAGCUGGUGGACGAGGUUUGGGAACUUUUAAAAGUGGUCUUAAGGGAGGAGUGCACAUUGUUAAGACAGACCAGGUUGAAGACAUAGCUGGGAAGAUGCUUGGGCAGAUACUAGUUACCAAACAGACUGGUCCUCAGGGAAAAAUUGUUAGCAAGGUUUACUUGUGUCAAAAGCUCUCACUUGUGAAUGAGAUGUACUUUGCUAUAACUCUGGAUCGUAUAACUGCUGGUCCAAUUAUUAUUGCUUGUAGAAAGGGAGGAACCAGCAUUGAAGAUCUCGCAGAGAAAUUUCCUGACAUGAUUGUAAAGGUACCUGUUGAUGUUUUUGAAGGAAUUACUGAUGCAGAUGCUGCGAAGGUUGUUGAUGGUUUGGCUCUCAAAGUGGCUGAUAGAAAUAAUUCAAUUGAACAAGUGAAGAAUUUGUAUAAACUUUUUGUUGAUUGUGACUGCACUCUUUUGGAAAUCAAUCCCAUAGCUGAGACAGCUGAUAACCAGUUGGUGGCUGCUGAUGCUAAGUUGAAUUUUGACGAUAAUGCUGCAUAUCGUCAGAAAGAGAUAUUCACUCUUCGUGAUACAACACAAGAGGAUCCUCGAGAGGUGACUGCUGCAAAGGCAGAUUUAAAUUACAUUGGGUUAGAUGGAGAAAUUGGCUGCAUGGUGAAUGGAGCAGGGUUAGCAAUGGCCACAAUGGAUAUAAUUAAAUUGCAUGGGGGUACUCCUGCCAAUUUUCUGGAUGUAGGUGGGAAUGCCUCUGAAGGCCAGGUGGUUGAGGCAUUUAAAAUAUUGACCGCUGAUGACAAAGUGAAGGCAAUUUUGGUUAACAUUUUUGGUGGUAUAAUGAAGUGUGAUGUUAUAGCAAGUGGAAUAGUGAAUGCCGCAAAACAGGUUGCACUAAAAGUACCAGUAAUUGUUCGUCUGGAAGGCACCAAUGUUGAUCAAGGAAAAAGAAUUUUGAAGGAAAGUGGUAUGACAUUAAUAACGGCUGAAGAUUUGGAUGAUGCAGCUCAGAAAGCUGUGAAAGCUUACAAAUGAAGGGUCACUUUUUUUCAAAUUUGAGAAUCAGUUUAGUUACAACGUUAUUCUUUAUGUUAAAACUCAUUGACGAGAAGGGAAUUGAUGCGAGAAAUCUUCUUAUUGAAGCCGUAGUGGCUAUCAGAGCGUUUCCAAUAAGUUAGUGCUUUACAUAUCGUUGUUCAUUUGGGUUGAUGCACGUGGUUGCUAUUUGGCUUCUCUCUUACAAUUCUAAGAUACUGGUCCCUUUCUGGUUAUUCCUGGUUGAGUUCUCUUUAAUCUUCAUGUUAAUAACAUGGAAAUACUUGUCUUUCUAUGGGACACGGUGGUUCAUUAAGGUGCCUACACCUGUAACUUUUAAACUAGGAUUUCGAAUUUUGAAUGUUUAAUAG